CAGGCCAAGCGUCAUAGUGGACCUUACCUAUCCUAGCCACCUGCAUCGGAAUUCCAUUGUUGAACCUUCUUCUUCCUUUCCGCUAUCAGUUGCACGCUCCUUUUUUUACCUCCUGUAGCCGUCGACAACAUCCGAAGCUUAACGUGCUACACCCAGUGCUACAGUAUGUAGUACCUGCCCAGGUGAUGUACCUAGUACUGUGCAGCGUCUAGGUGCAAUGUAGUAUUUGAAUCUUGAACUCCCUUUAUAUCUUCCGAUUCGCUUCCACCGUCAUCAUGUUGCUACAUUAUUCAUUCAUGUCACUUUCACUCUACAGCGGUUGGCUUCAACAGACCUGUGGUAUUGUAGUUCCUCCCUGAACCCAUUUGUUCGAUUUCGAUUUCGAUUUCUCGACUUGAUCAAGUCACACAAUGCCUGUCUCGUCCUUUGAAUUUGCCGAGCGUUACAAGUAUCAAAACGGGUUUGGGUCUUACUUUGAGACUGAAGCUAUCCCGAAUGCUCUACCCAUCGGCCAGAAUUCUCCUCAGAAGCCCCCGUAUGGCUUAUACGCCGAGAAGCUUUCUGGUACCGCCUUCACAGCCCCGCGACACGAGAACAAGCAAUCAUGGCUGUACCGUAUCCUUCCGUCAUGUGCCCAUCCGCCGUUUGCCCCCGACGUCGAUGGACCUUCUAAGGCCGAUACCGAUCUAGCCAAGCUAGAAUACAUACCGAACCAGUUAAGAUGGGAUCCUUUCGACCAUGAUGACCAAACGGACUUCAUUUCCGGACUGCGCUUGGUUGCUGGAGCUGGCGACCCGACGUUGAAGCAAGGUCUCGGCAUGUACAUAUAUUCUGCCGGCAAAUCUAUGGCCGAGAAGACUGCUUUUUACUCCGGAGAUGGCGACCUCCUCAUUGUAGCCCAAGAAGGUGUUCUAGACAUCAGAACCGAGCUGGGCUGGCUUCUAGUCCGUCCAAUGGAGAUCUGUGUCAUCCCUCGCGGAAUCAAAUAUCAGGUCCAUUUGCCAUCAGGUCCGGCCCGUGGAUAUGCGUUAGAAGUUUAUCAGAGUCACUUCACUCUCCCAGAAUUAGGUCCAAUUGGAUCGAAUUGUCUCGCCAACGCCCGCGAUUUUCAGGCGCCCGUGGCUUGCUUCAGUGAGGACUUUGGCGCAACCGCCUCGGAAGGCCCUAGUACAUACACUAUGGUGGUCAAGUUCAACAACUCGUUUUUCCAGACCAAACAAGCGCAUACCCCUUUCGACGUUGUAGCUUGGCAUGGCAACUAUUACCCAUAUAAGUAUGACCUUGGUCGGUUUAAUACCAUUGGAAGUAUUUCAUAUGACCAUCCCGACCCAUCUAUCUUUACCGUGCUUUCGGCCCUCUCGGACCAUCCCGGCACAGCUAUUGCAGACUUUGUCAUAUUUCCCCCGCGAUGGCUAGUAGCCGAGGAUACAUUCCGACCGCCAUGGUACCACCGAAACACGAUGUCGGAGUUCAUGGGGCUCAUCGCUGGCGAGUACGACGCUAAGAAGGGAGGACAGGGUGGUUUCAUGCCGGGCGGUGCAAGCUUGCACAACGUUAUGAGUGGGCACGGUCCGGAUGCCAAGAGCUUCGAAGGGGCAAGCAAUGCCGAGCUCAAGCCAGCCUUGGUCGGUAAGGGCAGCUGCGCAUUCAUGUUUGAGAGUUGUCUGAUGGUUGGCGUGACGGAAUGGGGCCUCAAAAUGUGUAAAAAGGUGCAAGAAGGCUACAGCGAGGAAAGCUGGGGUGGCGUUCAAGUGCAUUGGAAGAGACCGGAAGGUGUGAACACGGAUACACACCUACUAACCAGCAAUUCGAAGUAAGAUACCCAGGUAAUGUCCAUUGAUGGGUGUCCAGAAAAUGGUCAUUGGUACCCAGUUAGCCACGACUAAAAUGUUCAACUGUUUUUAAUACUA